AUGCCUUCACAAUCAACAAUCGCCGGAGCUUCUCCCAAAAAGCAUAAGAGCAAGUCGGAAAAGAAGCCCAAAUCAACAGAUAGCGAGAAAAAGCGAAAACGAGAGAAUGGGGAAGAAGGGCACCGAUCGAAGAAACACAGAUCCGAAAAGACUGCGCCAACUUCCUCGUCCAUAGAAGCACCAGCUGCAGUCUCGCCAUUUCAUUUACAGACAUCUUCCAUAUUUUUACCCUUAGCGCCAGUCUCCCAGAGAUUCCCCCUUGAAGGCUUAUGCGCUGAGCAUCUUUCUCCACUCAUCCUCACAUAUUAUCCGCCAUUCAACGGAGUCGUUCUUUCUUACAGUAAUCCAAGAUUCGCCGAAAAAGCCUUCGGAAACGAUGGAGAUUCGACCCUUCUACAAAACUUGGACGAAUUUGCGGUCAGCUGGGCUUGGGUGACUGCCGAAUUUUUGCUUUUCAAACCCGAGAAAGGAGCUUGGUUAGAAGGUUAUAUCAAUUUACAAAAUGAAGGACAUCUGGGUCUAGUCUGCUGGAAUCUUUUCAACGCGAGCAUCGAGAGAGCCAGGUUACCAAAAGAAUGGAAAUGGGUGGGUGUGGAAGAUCAGGAACAAGAGGCGGAAGCUGAAGAAGGUGCGACAUAUGCUGAAGAUGGAAUUGGCUAUUAUGUGGAUGGAGAGGGCAAGAAGAUUGAGGGCACCGUCAAGUUUAGAGUCAAGGAGAUUGAAUCAAAUCACGAUAAGGAGAGAGGGUUCUUGACAAUUGACGGAACGAUGUUAGAUGAAGAGGCAGAGAUGCGAUUGCUGGAAACCGAGCAGGACAAAAUCGGAAGUAGAGACAGUGCUGGUCGACGUCUUGGUGGCGCAAAAGCUCUUGGUGCAACCAGCUUAGGAGUGACUGUGGAGCCGUCCGCUACGGAAGUGGACGCAGGGAAGAAACACAAACGAAGAGAUUGA